GGAGGGGGGAGUGGAUGACAGGGGCGGGGUGGGCGUUGGGAGGGAUGCGCACGCUCUUGGCGUGGAAGGGAUGCUGGGCGGCGUGAGACAGUAGGGGUCGAAGCCGCGUCAUUAGAGGACGUGUGUCAGUGUGCCGUCCGACCCCUCGAUCUGUCCUUCGUUUAUUCCAGGGAAUAUUUUAGGCUUAAUUGUAAAGAAUAAGAAGAGAGCUUUGUGGUUGGUGAAUGGUGAGCAGCACCGAGGAAGUAGUGCGUAGGAGCUCUUGGAUGGAUGAAAGUGAAGCCUACGGUCACCUGUAGCUCCUUCGUUGACAUCCACCUUCCCCCCCCUCACUUAUUUGCCCCUCACUAGUUGCAACACUACUGAUUCCUGAAAACAUCAUCCAUUUUCGUGCAAAUUACGACACAUCUCACCAGAAACUCACCAGAUGCACCUAGGAUUUAAAGGUGACCCCGGCAAGUGAUGUGGUCCUCCUCUCUUCCUCCGCUUUCAACAGCCUCCCAUUCUCAGGUGCCACGAGAAUGCUUCAAGUUAUGUUGUCUUAUUCAUCUGCUAUAACUGCUAUGGACCUGACCUGAUAUCCCUGAUCCAAUCAAAAGUAUUUCGAUCCGGCAUAACCUUCUACGAGGAUAAUGAAGGUUACGUGAUUCUCUACGAGUCGAAUCAAGCACGAGUUUACAGGUGCCGACUCUUCUGAACACUCGGCAGCACCAGCAAAAAAGAGAGAAGAAGGAAGAAGUGGAAGAGAAGAGAAAGGAGGAGCAAAAGAAGAAGGAGGAGAAGAAGAAGGAGGAGGAGGAGGAGGAGGAGGAGGAGGAGGAGGAGGAGGAGGAGGUAAAAGAGGAAAGGACAUACAAAAAGGAAAAACAGGUAGUCGCCAGACCCUCAGCUGCAUCAUGGCCCAUCAGGUGGAGCGGCAGCAGCAACAGCAGCAAUGGAGUCAACAGUGUAAUCUUCGUAUAUAAGACGAAUAUGCGUGCAAUCACUGUCAACAGCAGCUCAACUAUCUGCACAUCCAUAGAACAAUUUAAACACCAAAAAGCUCGAUAACGUGUAUAAUAGCACUCUGAAAUCUCGGAAAAUUUACAUAAUUACUGUGCCGUGCGGCCCCCCACCAUCAUGUACUCAGGGGCCCUCAUGUCAGCCAAGCUCCGUCAGGCAGCGAUGGCAGCAGCUGGACCUGCCUUACCACACCGAAGUGAAACUCUGAAGCCUCGUCGCUCGCAAGCUAGGCGACAAUGGUCCAUCCAAGCUGUAAAGGGUAAAGUGACCACGAGAUGCCUCUGGAAUGCCUGCAAAGCUCUCACCGUCGGAGUGCUGCUCAUUCUGGUGGGUGCUGCUAUGGCCACAAUAGGUUACUAUGCGGAAGAAGAACAGCUGAGACUACAAGCCCUGUAUGAAGCUGAGGAGGGUGUCGAGGGGGACCCGGUGAUAGUGGAUAAAACGGUGCCUGCAUACAUGCUCCCGCUGCCACCACACCAUUCAACUGGUCGCAUGGCAUCCAUCAACUCUUCAGUGGUCAGCAACACAACAUCUACUAUGUCCACUAUUCAUAACGACAACGUGGGCGAUAAUGACACUACCAGCAGCCGCCCUAAGAUGGGUCACAUCUUUACAAAAGAUACUGGCUUCGGUCUUAAUAAGCUUUCUUAUGUUGGGCCUAUUGUGAUGGGCUUUGGAGGUUUUGUGAUUGUUGCUGCUUGCGUAAUGACCUUCGAAGCCCGAGACAGUGCAGCCAAGAUCGUUCCAGCCAGGUUUCGCAAGCCAUAUCCGGAGCGCAGCAGUGGAAGGGAUGAGGAGAUCGGAGUACGUCACUCCGCUUGUCAAACUAAGUGGGAAGCACUUUCUUUGUGUCACCAUUCGCAGCAGGAUGGGACUAGCCCUGCUCUAGAAGAUCCUUUCAGGUCAGAACUCUCUCGACGUGCCAUGACCUUUGCCUUUAUCCAAUUUUCCAAGACACUACAAACUAGCAUUGAUUCUUCAGCUGAGUACUACGAUGGGCGGCGUGGGUCACGACCACACCUUGUCAAGUGUCCCUCCGCUCCCUCACUAGUGCCACCAUUCCACAAAAGUGAACGGCGACUAGCAGAGCCUCCCCGAGUGUUACGGGUUGCAGCUCGACCCUCUCAACCACCAACUAGCCCACCGCGACCCAGCCUGGCGCCGAACAGCCUACCCCGCCAAACCAUGUCAGUUGACAACCCAGCUGUGCGGGAGGUUUACUCUGCUACAGCAUACCCUGCUUUUAUUGGAACACGCGGAGAAGAGGAAAUGGAGCUGGGAGCUUCAGCAACAGGUGUGCAUGAGGCCGGCAGUGGAAGCCAGCCCUCUCUGGCUUUGGAUCUCCAUUUGCCGCAAAGUUGCCCCAUUACUUUGGAAGUGCGUGACCAAAGCCGUUCCCCUAGCAAUCCUAGAGAAGACCUCCCCACCCCAAACCUUCCAGGUCUCAAAGUAGAUAAACAAACUUCCACCAGUGACCACCUAACUCUAGAGCUACUUGGUACUUCUCGUGACACCUGGGGUUCAAGAGACAUAGCAGUUCCCUCCAGUCGUAUCACGUCUGGGGGAUCAUUCAGGGAAUCUAGACGACCACGUCCCACUCGCCGUGUACGUCGAAGUGAAACUAUUGAUACUGCCAGUGUCGCCGCCUCUUCACGCCGUUCCCACCAUCAGCGCCACCAUUCUUCCAUCUCCGCCCGUAGUAACUCAUCGCGUAAUGGCACAGGUGGUUGUGCGAGUGGAGGUGCUGAGAGGCGAUUGCAACCCUCUCGGAGUGAAACGGCACGUCGCCAUCAGUUCCUGAGGCAACAUAAAGUGGAGACAGGUGGUUCACAAGAGGAGCUGCCCAGCCACAUCCAUGGACAUCAUCCACCUUAGUAGCUACCUCCUAACCCAAGGAAUCAUACCUAGGUUCUACCCUGAAAAUUUCUUCCCACUUUACGCCUUCUCUUAUGCAAUAAUAAUGAACACUUAACAUGAAAUGGCUGUCUCCUCUACACCUAUCACAGUCAUGCGAGCAUUGUAAUUGUUGCAGGAUGGUAAUAUCAGCAACACCGUUGAUGGGACAGAAAGAAACCAUGAGGCGGGUUUGAUUGAUUUAUUCAUGAAGGGGAUGUGGAGUGUUUCAUUAACUCCCCUCCUUUUCUUACACAGAUCUUUCUUUCAGCCACAAUCACCAUUCCCUGCAGACUCAGAACAAAUUUGCGGGUUUUUGUUUAUUUCAAUUAAUGCAAGGAAUGGGAUGGAGAUCAAGACUGGGUGACUCUUUCUUAAUAUGUCAAACAUAUUGCGAAAAGAUAAUAAUACCUAAGCACGAGAAAACGCACAUUUGGAGGAGACUGUAGACACCUGCUCAAAGGAUGAUUACUCCCGGUGAGGUCUCAAGCACUGGACCGGUUUCAUACUGAAUCAAGAAAUGUUUUGAACCUUUUAAUGACCCUGCUGUGACUUCACUAAAUGUUUCCCUUUGUGUCUCACAACACAAGGGGACUGUCACAGCCUGCCCUAUCAAGACAACUCUCCUCCUUCACACAAAUCUGUAUGCACUUAAUACAUGCAUAUUUAAAAUUCUAAACUUAUAGGGCGAUUCCUACACCAAUCUCGGAGUCCCUAUCUGGGGAGGGACCACAAAUGUUCCAAGGUCAGACUGUUCUUCUUCUGGUAUCUACCCUAAGUGUCUUAAUACCCCAUCAACUUUUUCUCCUGCAACAUUCGCGGCCUUAGAUAUAAUUUUCAAUCUGUGGAAUACCAUCUCUCCUCACCAGAACACAGGUAUCUGAGGCAACUGACAAUAGCCCCUUCUCUGUUCCCCUCCUAUUUUCUCUAUCCUCAUUUUCAAACCAAAGCUGGAUGUUGUACCUAUGUGCGUAACGACCUAACUUGCUCUACCAUCUGGCUACAACUACAGUUACUCUCAAACUAAAUUUAUCUGUGCUGUAUACCUCUCACAUAACUCCUCUGACAAUAAAAAAAAUCUUCUUUGACUUCCUAACUUCCAUAGUAGAGCACAUCUUGACUCUCUUCCCUUUCAUGGAGAUCUCCAUUUUUGCAGACUUCAAUGUUGACCACCAGCUUUGGCUUUCCUCUCCCUUCACUGACCAUUCUGGUGAACUAGCCUUUAACUCUGGUAUUCUUCACGAAUUAAACCAAUUAGUGCAACAACCUAGUCAUAUUCCUGACCGUUUUAGAGAUAAGCCCAGCAUAUUUUAUCUUUCGCUAACCUCUAAUUAUUUUGCUUGUACUCUUUAGCAUACCAAUGUCAAAACCUUUCUAAAUCUAACUCCACUCGUGACUUCUGGCACCUAGCCAAAAAUAUAUAACUUUGCUUUUUCAUCUUCCCUCCUCUAUUUCAACCUGAUAACACCACUGCCAUCUCAUUUAUCUCUAAAGCUGAACUCUUCGCUCAAACCUUUUGUUAAAAUCUCUGUUUUAUGGUCUGACCGUUUAAUCCUGAGCGUUUGGGCGUUGUUCUUUCUGGGCAUUUCCCGGCCAGCAUCUAUGUCAAACUUGUACCAACAAACACCUCACAUCAGGUACUUACUACCUCAAAACCGAAUGGAGUUGUAGUAUAUACACAUUGUAAUCUUCUAAAGAGCUAAGUUAAUGGAGUAUAUGUUUAUUUUCUAAAUGAUAACUGUAUUGUGUUUUUGCAAACACCACAAUAUUUGGCAGCGUUUUCUCCCGGCGUUGUCAUGUUUCUUCGAGUGACUCAGUCAGGUCACACUGUCAGAGUGACCGUCUCAAUCCAUCGGUCACUUCCUCUUGCGCCGCGCGUGAGGAAGAAGUGAGAGAGAGAGAGAGAGAGAGAGAGAGAGAGAGAGAGAGAGAGAGAGAGAGACUCAGAUUUUUUCUCUAACUCAUAGACCUCUUUAAAAGAAAUAAAUUUGCGUAGAAUGGAAAUUCUGUAUGCAGAAAGAGAGAGAGAGAGAGAGAGAGAGAGAGAGAGAGAGAGAGAGAGAGAGAGAGAGAGAGAGAGAGAGUGGUGUGUAGGGAGUGAAGUUAUCACUGACCUUAGGCUCUAAUCCAGUAAUUUGCCCAGUACAAAGUUUGGCAACGCUGCAAGCCUAGAAAUCCCGAAAAGGACAACAUCUAAACGCUCAGGAUAAAAUGGUCACACCAUAGAUGAUUCAGGGCUUGUUCCUCCCUCUCCUCCACCCUCUGACUUUUUCAUGCUUGCCAUUAUGGCCCAUUUCAGUGAUGUUUUCCAUGCCCUCAGAUGGCUUAUGGACCUAAUGGUGCCCCUCCUAUUGUUCUCCAAAAACUGUGCCUCCGUUCUUGCAUCUUGCCUAAUCAGACUCUUUCAAAUCUGUCUAUCAACAUCUACCUUUCCUCCUUGAUGGAAGUUUGGCUACAUUCAACUUGUUCCUAAAGAAGAUGACCACUCUAAUCCUUCAAACUACCGUUUUAUUGCUUUAAUUUCCUUACUGAGUCUUAGUCAUCCUCUUAUAUGAAUUUUGGUGAAACUUUCACUGUUGCCUUAGACAUAUCAAAAGCUUUUGAUAGAGUCUGGCAUAAAGCUUCGAUUUCCAAACUGCUCUCCUACGGCUUCUAUCCUUCUCUGGAACCUCAAGUUUCCAUUCUGAUCAUUCUAUUGCUGGUGUACUAGAUGGUCACCAUUCUUCCCUUAAGUCUAUUAACAGUGGUGUUCCUCAGGGUUCUGUCCUGUCACCCACUCUCUUCCUGUUGUUCAUCAAUGAUCUCCUAAGGCAAACUUCUUAUCUUAACCACUCUUAUGCUGAGAUACCAUCCUCUUUUUUAGACGUCCAAUCCUUCGGGAAUUAAGCAACUCACUCAGGGAAGCCACAGAACGCCUGGAUUCUGAUCUCUCUGAAAUUUCUAAUUGGGGGCAGAGCAAACUUAGUAAUGUUCAAUGCCUCAAAAACUCAAUUCUUCCAUCUAACAACACAACACAAUCUUCCAGGUAACUAUCCCCUCUUCUUUAGUUACACUCUACUGUCCUCCUUUUCUACAUUGAACAUCUUUGAUCUGUCCCUCUACUAAUAAUCUAAACUUAAACUUAUCUGUCUCUUCUCUAUUCUCUAUUUCGUCUCUAGCUUAAACAGCUUCUAUGAAGUCAGGCGUUCUGAGUCAUCUCCGCCAGUUUUCUCAACCCUCCCCGUCCCCCCCCCCCACCUCUACAGCUGCUAACUCUGUACCGGGGUUUUACCCGUCCAUGUAUGGAGUACACAUGGGACGUAUGGCGGUACGGAGAGUUCCACUCAUGCCGCUAUUUUAGACGGUGAAAUCAAAAACAUUUCGUCUUAUCAACUUCUCUCCUCUAACUGACUGCCUUCAGUCUCUCUCUCAUCGCAACAAUGUUGCAUCUCUUACUAUCUUCCACCGCUAUUUUCACGCUGACUGAUCUUCUGACCUUGCUAACUGCAUACCUACCCUCCUCCAGCAGCCUCGUUGCACACGACUUUCUUCUUUCUCUCACCUCUGUUCUAUCCACCUUUAAUGCAAAACCAGUGUUCUCAAUCGUUCAUUCCUUUUUCUGGUAAACGCUGGAACUCCCUGCCUGCUUCUCUAUUUCCUCUUUCCUAUGACCUGAACUCUUUGAAAAGGAAGGUACAGAAACCCAUUUUUCGAUGAUCGUUUUGACUGUAGUAGGCCUUAUUUAUAGUGUUUUGUUGCCCUUAGCCAGUGUCUCACUAACAUAAAAAAAAAUAUAUAAAAAAAAUACGCGCUUAUUUACAACUUCCCACUUGACUACUUAUUGUAUUGAAUACAAAAGAAAAAAAGAACAAGAAAAUAUGCAUCAUCCCCAAUAAUAAUAAUUCAGCUAGCUGAAACUAUGACUGAAUCAUGUCAAGCUCCAUUGCAGGUUUAUCGUCAUCCACAACAUCCUGAGCAAUGGUGGCUGAAAAACAGAUGGAAUACCGUGUGAGAAAAGAUUUAGUGAUGAUUUAGCAAUGUGGUAAAAGCUGGAACUGAAGAGCUGGAAGGUAUGAGUUGCCUAAAGGAAAGUGGUGCAAAUAAAAGCUGAGAGAUGAUCGUUGAGAGGAAGUGAUACGAGAUACAAAAUAAGAGUUAAGAGGCAAGAAGAAAGAAUUGGGAUGUUAGAGUUAAGAGAAAGGAGAUAAGAAUUAGAAAGAGGGAGACUGAAAUUAAGAAAUUAAGACCCUAUUAAUACAAGGUAAUUCUAGUCUCACGACUGCAGUAACCCGACUGCGAGGACAAAGUAAGUCAAUGGAGGUGUUCACACGCAGUCGCUCUAUUUUCUCAAUCUCGUGACUCGAGGUACGUAUGCUUCAAUGACAGCAUACACAUAUAGGGCGGGAAUCACCACGAUCUCAAAGUGCUGGAGAUCUUCUACGAUUCUGGAGACAAGCAGGAUAAUGAAAAUGGUAAGUGAAAGGAAUAGCAUUGUAUUUUCUUCUAUUUUGCUCAAAUCUUGUUACUAGGUCUCUAUCAUGCAGUUUAGAAACGUUUGUGAACUCACUCCCUCAUACACUUCUUCAAUGUUUGGCCUUGAGGUGUGGGCGUGGGGUCUGUGUCAUUCGAUGGCCACCCCUGAGUGUAAGCAGCUUUAUAUGUGUACAUUUUCUGUAUACAUGUUAAUGGCAUUAUCACUUUUAUUAUUAUCAUUAUUAUUAUUAUUGAUCUUGUUGCUGUUAUUUUUGUUGCCGUUAUUAUUAUUAUUUUCUUUUAACUAUUAUAAUCAUUAUUAUUAUCAUUAUUAUUAUUAUUAUUACUAUUAUUAUUAUUAUUAUUAUUAUUAUUAUUAUUAUUAUUAUUAUUAUUAUCAUCAUCAUCAUCAUUAUUACCAUUGUUAUUAUUUUCAUCAUCAUCAUCAUCAUCAUUAUCAUUAUCAUUAUCAUCAUCAUCAUCAUCAUCAUCAUCAUCAUCAUCAUUACAAUAAUAAUAAUAAUAAUAAUAAUAAUAAUAAUAAUGAUAAUAAUAAUAAUAAUAAUAAUAAUUAAUAAUUAUAAUAAUAAUAAACUCUGGUAAACUCUAAAGCUCCCUUCCUGCUUCUAUAUUCCCUCCUUCCUAUGACUUGAAUUCCUUCAAGAGGAAGAUUUCAAGACACUUAUCCUUUAAUUUUUGACGAUAGCUUUUUGACUGUUCGGGUACAGGUAACGCAGAAGGAUUGUUUUUCAUUAUAAUUUUGUUGCCCUUGGCCGGUGCA